AUGGACAUGGAGAUCGCCGUCUCGACAUCUCCCCUCCAGGCAUCCUUGUCGUUGAGCGACACCAAGAACGCCGCUCGCAGCCCUGGGCAGUCCUCAGGGUCGUCGCUGAUGCCAUGCCGCCGUCCGUACUCCGCCGCCUUCUUCCUCUCCCUCCUCCUCCUCGCCGCCCCCCUCCCCCCCUCCGCGGCCGCCAAGAGCCGCCGCCACGCAUCCACCACCGCCACCGCUUCCUACCGCCGCAUCUCGUGGGCGAGCAACCUCACGCUCCUGGGGUCCGCCUCCAUCCUCCCGGGCGCGGCCGCCAUCGCGCUCACCACCAACUCCAGCGACGGCAUCGGCGCCGGCCGCGCCCUCUUCUCGGACCCCGUCCGCUUCCUCCUCCUCCCGCCGCCCGACCCGCCGCAGCAGGCCUCCUUCUCCACCCGCUUCACCUUCCGCAUCGCGCCGUCCCCGUCCUACGGCGACGGCCUCGCCUUCAUCCUCACCUCCUCGCGCACCUUCCUCGGGGCCUCCAACGGCUUCCUCGGCCUCUACUCCUCCGCCUCCGCCUCCGACGCCGACGAGCUCGCCGACGUCUCCACCGUCGCCGUCGAGCUCGACACGCACCGCGACGUCGCGCUGCGCGACCCCGACGCCAACCACGUCGCGCUCGACGCGGGCUCCAUCUUCUCCAUCGCCUCCGCCAGCCCGGGCGUCGACCUCAAGGCCGGCGUGCCCAUCACCGCCUGGAUCGAGUACCGCGCGCCGCGCCGCCGCCUCCGCGCCUGGCUCUCCUACUCCUCCUCCCGCCGCCCCGACAAGCCCGCGCUCUCCGUCGACGUCGACCUCUCCGGCCUCCUCCGCGCCUACAUGUACGCGGGCUUCUCCGCCUCCAACGGCGAGGGCGCCGCGCUCCACGUCGUCGAGAGCUGGACCUUCCGCACCUUCGGAUUCCCCAACUCCUCACACGCGUCGUCGGCUUCCCCAAUCCCUUCGCCACCGCCCACAGACCAGGCCUCGUUUAACAGCACAACACUGCCGCUCCCAACAAAUCACCGCCACCAUCACCACCUAUUCUACAAGCUGCUGGGCGGAGCUCUGGGUAGCGUGGUCUUGCUGGUUCUCCUUGCGGCCAUCAGCACUGUUCUAUGGCUUGGCCAUUCCCGAAAGGGCCGCAAAACUGAAGAACCUGCUGUGGUGUUCGAGGACAAGAACUUCCGUGGGAUGCUGCCCAUGGAAGUGGUACGCGCAGCAACCAACAACUUCGGCAGCGAAAAUGUGAUCGGCAUCGGUGGCUCUGGCGCCAUUGUGUUUGAGGGGGUUCUCCCUUCUGGUUCAAGGGUUGCUGUCAAGCGGUUCCAAGCUAUGCGGCACUGCUCCAAGGCGUUUGAGAGCGAGCUUCGUGUCAUGCUUGAUUGCCCACAUCACCCCAAUCUCGUGCCACUUCUUGGGUGGUGCUCCAGCGAGCAUGACUUGGUGCUUGUCUACGAGUUCAUGCCCAAUGGCAACCUUGACAGCGCACUGCACACCAAGGGUGGAGCAACACUUCCCUGGGAGGCGCGGUUUGGGGCGGUGCUUGGUGUUGCAUCAGCACUUACAUUUCUGCAUGAUGAAUGUGAGCACCGCAUUCUUCACCGUGAUGUCAAGUCAUCGAAUGUGCUGCUCGAUGCAGAGUUCAAUGCUCGGUUAGGUGACUUUGGUCUUGCUCGCAUGGUGAGCCAUGGUGGGGUGCCUUUGGCAACACAGCCAGCAGGCACACUGGGAUACCUCGCACCAGAAUAUGUGCAUUCCGGCGUGGCAUCAGAGAGGUCUGAUGUUUACAGCUUCGGGGUGCUUGCCUUGGAGGUGGCCACUGGCCGGAGGCCAACAGAGAAGGGAACCGCAGUUGUUGACUGGGUGUGGAGUCUCUGGGGUCGUCGGAGGCUGGUUGAUGCAGCGGACCAGCGGCUUCAGGGGCGGUUUGUUGCGGAGGAGAUGCGACGGGUGCUGCUUGUAGGCCUCUGCUGUGUGCAUCCGGACUGCCGGAAGCGGCCUGGUAUGCGAAGGGUUGUCAGGAUGCUCGAUGGUACUGCACCCAUGACACUGGUGCCAGAUAAGAAGCCACCAGUUGUACUCAAGUCGCCACUAAAUCAAACGUCCUCAGUGAACACCAUGGAUACUAAGAAUACUGCAUUUUACAGUUGUCGCUAGACAUACAAUACAAGGUAGGUUUGUAAAGAAGAACUUUCCUAUCCGUAUGUGGUGGUGCUCUAUCCGUUGUCAUUUUCUGAUGUAUAUGUGCGAUGGUAAUGAUUUUUGAAUUCUUAUAGUAUCUUACAAGCUAUAGGUUGAACAUAAGAUAUGUUGUGAAUGUUACACACUGAAGUCUGGAAAGUUUACUACUGGUGUACUACCAAUGAUAGAGGUAUCUUAGGAAAACUAUUGAAACUGUUGUUUUCUGGUACAAAUUGCAGUGAGGUGUUUCAUAAUUUUCUUGUCUUCGAUUCAAGUAUCAUUUACUCAUUUAUGUGAAGAUAGUUUUUGUAAAUGUUUGCAUGUCUUACAGCCUGC